AUGGCACACCCUGUCCUGUGGAGAGGAAAAACGUUCUUCUAUCCUAUUGGCAAUACAUCUGCAGUUUGCCUCACACAGGAUCUUUGUCCAUCUGAAAAAGCAGAUGUGCUGCUUCUUGGGUGCGGCGACCCGAGGCAUAUCCUUUACACCGUGUAUACAAACAGCACUGGCUCUCAAGCAUCACGGAAACUGGACUUCACUUGCUGCGACCUUGAGAGUGCAGUCAUCGCCCGUAACGUUAUCUUAUUCACCCUCCUUGCCGACGAAGGCGCCGUGCAGAAAGUGCCGCAAAUCUGGAACAUCUUUUUCCACUUUUAUCUCGACAAAGCUUCUCACGACCUGCUCAUAUCGCAGUGCAGGAAAUUGCUCGAGUUAUCCGGCGAUCUGGAUAGUUGGAACAGUGGUCCUUACGGCCAUUUCCUUCGUAUGUGCACUAGUGGUACUCUCGUCGAGUUGCAGCGUCUUUGGCAGCUCUACGUCAAGACGGCAACCUGCUCUCCUAGCGAGGCAAAAGUAUUUGAAUCUGCAUACGCUGCUGAUGUCAAGGCUUCCAAGGCAAAAAUCGAAUUCGUGUUCACAGCAAGUCGGGCAGCCGGGCCACUGUCGAUGUAUGCGUUCAAGAUGGCGGGCGAUCACUACGACAUUUACUGGGAGACAGGCAUGUGCUCUGCUGUCUCUAAGAGACCCUUGGAGGUGUCGUAUCCAAAUCCAACCUUAGCAUACUCCAUGGUCGGUGACAAAUUUGCGGUCCACUAUGGAACAGAUACUCUCUCUUGCUUUCAUUUGGCAGAAGCGCUUGCACCAGCUGCUGGAACUCACCAUCCAGAGCAAGUUACUCUGAGAGAGAUAGUAAAUGUCUGUAAGACGCAAUUUUCCAGGUGGUGCACUUCGAUUUCCAACAUCUUGGACAGUCAAAAUCCAUCUUCUCCGAGCCUGCUCAUCAUACGCUGCUUUGUGGGAGACGCUCUGAGCUUGUGUCAAGCUCUUGGCUACUCCCGCACCACAAAAUCAACAUCCACACCAUUCCCCGUUGCUCCUUGGAAGAUCCCGUGCAUUACCUUUGAUCCCAAUGCUUACGGGACUAGUACACAGUCACCCGCACCAACCACAUUCAACCGAACUCCAUCUGCUACGUUGUACACUGAAGGUCUCGCUUCGGGUGGUCCAGAAGACCCGUUGGCCGAACAACUCUGUGGAGAUAUUGCGACUAUGGGUCUUCUCCUUGGCUUGAUUCCUGCGUGCUUCGUGUCGCAGUUCACGAACCGGUCGAACAUGCACGAGCACAUUGUGUAUCUGACGCAAGAUGCAACCCAGAAGCACGAUCGCCUUGCCUGGAAACUCAUCGGCGGUGCUGAGAAACUCCUAACUGAUCUCGACUGCCCCAUCGAUAUCGCUCCGGAGCAGCUUGCAGGCAUUCUCUUCAAUAUUUAUCUCGACAUGUUUUCUCAUGAGAACGUGGUGCGAAGGUUGGCCAUGGUCAAGCAGUCAAAGAAAAUGUCUGGGAUAAUACAUUACCAUCGUCGUUCGUUUGUGGAGAUUUUGGGUGUUGUCAAGAGGAGGGUGAUCACAGACUGGGAUUCAACCAUGAACAUGCUUCAUGGAAAGAUUCAGAAUGACAGGACCCUCAUGGUCGGAAUGAACUUUUAUCAAGAUCUCUGCUGCCAGCUGCACCUUCUUGGUGUUUUCGAUGUGGAUUGGCUAUCUCUACAAAAGGUGCAGGAGGUGCAUCGCGUCGAGAGGCCCUUUAUCUUUCGCGAUUGGAAGACGCUCCCGCAAACUCUAUGCGUUGUCCUUGUUGUCCCUCGGGAUUGCCUCCAGCCGCUCUUACCCGAUCUUGACGAGACUGGAACACCUGUGUUGCAGUGCGACCUGAAGGGCGUAGAAACCCAUAAUACGUUCUCUGCCAUCAACACGAUUUUCGGUACCAUUACGACCAGCGGCCAAGGUGAUAGCAAAACUGCAGCCAUUAAAGAAGACGCCACUGGACGUUAUGGAACUUCUCCUCUAGUGGUGUGGUUCUGGGUACCGUCCAUUGUGCUGGUGAACGAGCGUCGUUUAUCGGUCGUAUUAUCUGUUCUCUCCACCUCAGCGACUUGCACACUGGCCAAAAAACGGCUCGACCUUUCCAUAUUCCGCGCGGACCUGGGAGACGAGCAGUUUGUACACAUUCUUCGACAGCGUCCUAAUGCUAGCCCAGAGAGUCCCGAGGAGAAGAAUUUGCACAUCGGCAGCCGUCCCAUGAAGACGUCUGGUGCAUGUACAUUCGUCACGUUAGACGAAGAAUGCAAGACACCUCUGUCAUUCACCAUUCGUGUGGAUAUUGUCGAAUCGGAGAUGAAAGCUUCCCUAACCGGUGGUGCUACUCCCAUUGUGAAUCAAGUGUCUAUGCAUUCAAUCGCCAUCGUUCUCGGAGACAAGUCUUUGAAAUUUCCUUUCCCACUUCCUGUCGAUGCCAAGAACGCCAAGCUUCGCAUUGCACGAAAGUCGCUAUACAUUGAAAUCGUCUUGCCCCUGAAACUUGUUCUUGGAGAAACUGACUCGGACAUGUUCCCUGUUAUUCCCCAUGGAGGUGAUCUUGCUCUCUGGAACAUGUAUCGUGUCAACCUUGACCAAUGCAUACCUUUCAGCAUUGCUAAUAAGAAAGCUCUUGGCUGGGUAAACCCUCACGCUUCCCUCAUGAUGUCCGAUCGUGAAAGACGCAUCCCCCGUGGAUUGACCACAGGGUCAACGCUACUUGAUAUCAAGCGUUCGCUUCAUUUUAUCUUUGGGCAGGCAAGCGGUCUCGCAGAAGGCAAACCCCCUCUAGGCUUCGCCUUGCAAGCGAAUGAUGAAUCGGAGAUCUUUGUUAUGUUCUUCAUCACGGACCUCCGCUUGGACGUCGGCUCGCACACCAUGGUCGCUGAUGCUUGGGUGAUGCCGUCUUCUCCCUCAUUUGAGAAGGUUGAGGCUUUCAGCAAGAUGGUUGGGAUGGGUGUUGAGGAGAGGAAGGCAUGGAUGCCCCUCCUCGUGGCUGCGACGGAGCGGUGCCGUACCUGGGAGCACAAAACCAACUGCGAAUACCGCAUGCAAAGCGCUAUCCCUCUGACGUUGGAGUCAGAUGAGAGUCCUAUUUGCUCGUGCGGUGCCGGGGUGGGGACAGAAUCAUUUGUGAAGAAAUACCCGAUACUUCAACCGCUUGCGCCGUGUGUGACAAGGGCAGUGAUCAGUCCGCUAUUCGCAUUGUCAUACAUUGAAAAGAUUGGCAAUCUGGAAGAUGUUAUCGCUUCGAAUGCUCCACUGACGCCUGUACUAGCAACAGUGGUGCAUAAUAUAUGUGCCGCUUGUGGAAAAGGAGGUGCUUCUGGGUCGUUGUCGAUUUGCAGUCGGUGCAAGGUUGUGCGGUAUUGCUCACAGGGUUGUCAGCGCGAGGACUGGAAAGGGCACAAAAAGAGUUGCGUAGCACCAUCUUCCUAA